AAUUAGAGAGAAAGCGGGGCGGAGGGAAAAGCGCCAAGAGCUGGAGGGGAGAAAGAAGGGGGGGAAUGGUCAGCAGAGAGAGAAGAGGAGGCGCCAGGGAGGGACGGCCAUGCCCUGCCCUCCCUCAGCAAGAGAAGAGGAGCAGCACGGCGACAGAAGGUGGGAAGAAGCCGAGAGACACAGGAAUCAAGGAAAAGCAUGAGGAGAUGAAAUCGCACAUUAGGGAAAGACUUUUUUGAUCUGAGAGAAAAACAAAAGAAACAAUCGUAGCUCUGCAUUUUUGAAGAUAUAUCAUCUUUUGGUCUUUCAAGGAUAUGUUGAAAUUAUUAUUCUUUUAGUAGAGUUGCAUGUUGGAUUAUUGUUUAUCUUCUGUUUUUGCAAGUAAUAUAUUACAGCAUGGGGAAAAAACAGUGCAGGAUGCUUCUGCAACAAAAAGCUGACAUUUCUAGUUAGUAUGUCAUGAUAGGGCAUACUGUAUAGAAUCCCCUAAACUUGGUAAUGGAAAGUUGUCACUUUUCAAAAGGUGUUAAAUCUGCAAUUCUUCAGUAUCAUCCCACCUACUGUGAUGUCCGAAAUUAAUGCCAACUCAACUUUCAAUCUGACUACAUUGACAGAUGAGUCAAGAACUGGCCUUUCAAGAAUGGGACAUAACAUUGUUGCUGUUUUUCUUGGACUUAUUUUAGUUUUCGGGUUCUUGAAUAACUUGGUUGUCCUCAUUCUCUUCUGUAAGUUUAAAACCUUGCGCAACCCGGUGAAUAUGCUACUGCUGAAUAUCAGUGCCAGUGAUAUGCUGGUCUGCAUCUCUGGGACUACAUUCAGCUUCAUAUCCAACAUUUAUGGCAAAUGGAUUGGAGGGGAGCACGGCUGCAGGUGGUAUGGCUUUGUCAAUUCUUGUUUUGGCAUCGUAUCUCUGAUCUCACUGGCCAUUCUGUCUUAUGAACGUUACAGCACUCUUACGCUCACCAAUAAACGUGGCUCUGACUACCAAAAAGCCCUGCUUGGAGUUGGUGGCUCCUGGCUUUAUUCUCUGAUUUGGACUGUACCACCUCUAGUUGGCUGGAGCAGCUAUGGACUUGAGGGGGCAGGCACCAGUUGUUCGGUCCGAUGGACUUCUGAAACACCAGAGUCGGUGUCCUAUAUCAUCUGUCUCUUCAUAUUCUGCUUAGCCAUUCCAGUCAUGGUCAUGAUAUACUGCUAUGCACGUCUCUUUUAUGCUGUCAAACAGGUUGGGAAAAUCCGGAAAACCUCCGCCCGGAAAAGAGAAUUCCAUGUACUCUUCAUGGUCAUCACAACUGUCAUCUGUUACCUGAUUUGUUGGAUGCCCUAUGGAGUUAUAGCACUUCUUGCAACAUUUGGUAGGCCUGGCUUGGUGUCUCCUGUAGCCAGUGUCAUACCAUCUAUCCUGGCAAAGAGCAGUACUGUAUGCAACCCAAUCAUCUACAUCCUAAUGAACAGGCAGUUCUAUAAAUGCUUUCUCAUGCUUCUGCACUGCCAGCCUCCUUCAGUUGCUGAUGGAGAAACCAUAUGUCAGUCAAAGGUCAUGACCAUUCAGCUAAACCAGAAGGCACAAAGUGGAGUCACAUCUAAAAGCCAAGUUGUUCCACAAAUGGAUGAGAAAGCAAUCUGCCUUUUGAGCCCGGAGUCAAGCUUGGAGCCAGUUUCAGAGAACACACCACAACUGUCUAAGGAAAAUUCAUUCCUGUGAAGUAGUACAAGCUGUUGCCUAUACAACUACAUGAAACAUGUUACAGUUUUGUUACCAAUUUGCUUUAUAUUCCCUUAAGGAAUAUCCUAUGUGUUCAGCAGAAAUAGAAGUUGUUUCUAUUACUAUUUUUUUAACUCUGAAGCAACUUAGAAAUUAUGUCAUAAAUUGGAAAAGAUAUGUAUUCUGGAUAUUUAAGGGCAUAGUUUAACAGGGAGGUAUGUGGACUGUAACACAAGGCACCUUUCCAUCCAUUCAACUAAUGUUAGCUCCUUAAACUAACUUAAACUGAAUUUCCUUCUAGAUAUCUGUGGCCUGACAAGUACUGUCUAUUGGAAUUGUUUUCAGACAUUUACUCAGUCAGCGGUACCCACUAUUUAUAUAAAGUUUAAAAACCCUCAGGUUUUUAAGAUUUCAGUUUAGUUUUUCAAAACAAGCAACUUAAAAUUGUCCCAGUGUGGUGUAAUGGUUUGAGUGUUAGACUAUGAAGAUUUUCAUACCAGCUCUUAAGUGCUGACAAAUCACCUCUAAAACACUGAAGAAGCGCGCAUGUGUGAAAGCCUGGCGCACUUCCUCAUCAUCAGGGAAUUGUUGGCUCCCUCUAGCAUCCUUCUAGUGCAGU